AUGACCAUCGCCUUUCUCGGAGCAACAGGCGGCUGCGCAAAUGCCUGUCUAGCAUACACACUCCUAAAUGGCCACAAAGCCCGAGCCCUAGCACGCACACCUUCAAAGCUUACAACCCUCCUCCUGGACCAACCAGGCAUAACCCAACAAAUCCUAGAUACCCAACUAGAAAUCAUCGAAGGCGACGCCACAGACGUGGAAAGCAUAACCAAAACACUCAUCACAAACUCAAACUCCCUACCAAAUGACCACGCUCCCUGCAAGCUAGUCUCAAGCAUAAUCUCCGGUCUAGGCGGCACACCAAGCAUGUCCUUCACGCGCGAGACGAAGUGUCCAACAUCGAAAUUCCGUGUGCCGGCAGUGCCGCACAUUGAGCUAUCCAAUCCGAAUAUCACAGAGCAAAUGACGCGCACGUUGCUUGUUGCUUUGGCGGGGAUUGCGUCUGAACGGUUCGAGAGUCUAGAGGCGUAUCGGGCUGUUGCGCCUCUUGUUGCUGUUAUUUCGACGACGGGGCAUUUACCUGGGCAUAAGGAUGUGCCCGUGUUGUUUCGGCCUAUGUAUUCUAUGUUGCUUCCUAUCCCGCAUGCGGAUAAAUUGCAGAUGGAGAAGUUGCUUGAUGAGGAGGUGCGGUGUGGGGAGAAGGGGGUUUUGGGGGCUGGGGUUGUUGUUGUCCGGCCUAGUUUUUUGACUGGAGAUCAUCGGAUCUCUGAUAAGGACGAGAGUAAGAAGAAGGGCGAGGGGUUUGAGAUGGUUAGGGUCGGGACGGAGAGGGAUCCUGCUAUUGGAUAUACGAUUUCUAGGGCUUUGGUUGGAGAGUGGAUUUUUGAGGAGGUUAUCCAGGGCGGUGGGAAGAAGUGGGUUGGGGAGAAGGUUACUAUUACCUUUUGA